AUGAUUGAAACAUACAGACCAUAUAUAGUGAGCAAGAUAGUGAGAUGGAAUUUGCCUAUGCCAAGCUGGUUUAAUUGUAACUCAGAUGGUGCUUCUAGAGGAAAUCCAGGGCCAAGCUCAGUGGCAUUUUGUAUUAGGGACUCUGAGGGAGACCUGGUGCAUACUGCAGCUAGAAGAAUAUCAUAUGAAUCAAACUUAGUUGCUGAAGCAAUGGCUUUACAAGAGGGGAUUAAAUACUGUGUGACAAAUGAUCUAUUGCCUGUAAUCUUGGAGACUAAUUCAAUGACUCUUGAAAUGAUCUUGACAGGACAAUGUGAAGUAUCAUGGAGUAUUUCUUUGAUCAUAAAGGGAGAACAUCAUUUCAAUAGUUACCAAUCACUUCUAAGGAAAGCAUGA